GACGUAAUGACGCUGAAAUACGUCCACUGUGCUGCGUUCACAUGCACCUGGCUGUGGGAGUUCUUCAUGGCCUCUAUCUCUGCAGCCAAAACGCUGUGAACCUCUCCUGUCUUUAGUGAGGGGUGUGUGUUGACAGCAGCUGAACGAGAGAGAUGAACCGGUGGAGGGGUAGAGUGGCCCUGGUGACUGGGGCCUCGGUGGGUAUCGGGGCAGCCAUAGCCAAGGAGCUGGUCCGGUGUGGUAUGAAAGUGGUGGGCUGUAGCAGGGAUGUCGAAAAAAUACAGAACCUGGCAGCUGAGUGUCAAAGUGCAGGCCACAGUGGUGUUUUGGUACCUUUCAAGUGUGACUUGAACAACGAAGAGGAGAUUCUGUCCAUGUUCGCUGCCAUUAAAGCACAGCACAAAGGGGUGGAUGUGUGCAUCAACAACGCUGGCUUAGCUCAUCCGGAGUCGCUGUUGCACGGCCAAACCAGCGGCUGGAAGAACAUGCUGGAUGUGAACGUUCUUGCCUUGUGUAUCUGCUCCCGUGAAGCGUAUCAGUCAAUGAAAGAAAGAAAUGUUGAUGAUGGGCACAUCAUCAACUUAAACAGCAUGAGCGGGCACCGUGUAGUCCACAGUACUGAUGUACAUUUCUACAGCUCCACCAAGUUUGCUGUGACAGCUCUGACAGAGGGCCUGAGGCAGGAGCUGCGUGAGGCCAACACCCACAUCAGAGCAACAUGUAUUUCUCCCGGCGUGGUGGAGACAGAAUUUGCUCCGAGGCUCUACAGCCAAAAUGCUGAUAAAGCUGCUGCUUCAUACACAAAAUUUAAGGCUUUGGAAGCAAUAGAUGUUGCUAACUCGGUAACAUACGUCCUGAGUGCCCCUCCCCAUGUGCAGAUUGGAGACAUUCAGAUGCGACCUGUGGAGCAGGUGUUGUAGUGCUGAGACACAUAAUUCAUCUCACUGGUUUACUACAAUUAUUUUAUUUGAUCAUGGAAUAGAUUGGGUUUGGAAGUUUGUACAUCAAUUUUGCAGUUAAUAAAAUGUCUGAUUGGAAGAGUAA